CAGUAGUGCAUUUUCUACAUUUUGAAUCAUUUGACGCGGGAACGGUGCGACGACUUGGCCAUGGUGCAGACGCUGGUGCUGCGCGCGACGCAGGACGGCGUCAUCUGGCCGCGCCGGCCCUUGGUCAGCAGUAAAGGACUGCUCUCAUGCGUGCAAAAUCUGUCGCUGAGCUCGUACGACAAGCGACCUACGACUUUCCGAGCUGUGGCCUUCAACGUGUCGGGUGAGCUGUUGGCGGCCACGGACGAGCGCGGCCACAUCUUCGUCUUCUUCGUGACGACCAACCGCUACUCGCUGGUGCAGCACUUGGGCAUACCCACCAUCAGCUGCUGCUUCAGUCCCAAGCGUAAGACGGAGCUUCUCGUGACCUGCGAGGACGAGACCGUGCGAUGCAUCGACGUUCAGUCACAGACGCUCAUCAGCACGCUCAGAGGCCACCGGCUGCCGGCCCGGUGCGCAUCCUUCCAGAAAUCAGGUCAAUUGGCACUCACAGCCUCGCAGGACGCGGUGAUUCUGUGGGAUACGAAGGAUUGGUCGAGAUAUCGGGUGCUCAAUGCUGGGCCGGGGGUGGAGGCGGCCAUGUUUGUGGCAAAAGGUGACCUCGUGGCCGUGUGCUUCCAAGAUGACACGAUCAUGAUGUGGGAGCUCGAGUCGCUUGCGUUGAGAUACCGAUUCUCACUGCCUGAGAAGGAGCAGUCGCCGGGACUGCAGAAGAUCGCGGUCUCGGAUGACCAUCAAGUGCUGGUGGCCAGUGGGCGAGCGCCGUUCAUUUAUGUGUGGGAGUUUGAGUCGCAGACGAUAAUUCGGAUCAUUGAACUCCCACCGCCGAUCAAUCAAGUCGUCAGUGUGAGUACAGCUAAGGUUGGAUUUUGAUUUACGCUGUAAUGACUGGAAUAUGUUAUUACAGCACGCAUUCCUUCCUGGACACAACACUAUGCUCAGCAUCUUAGCCGAUGAUGGAGGCGUUUUCUUCCUCGACGUUGCUGCGAAGAACCCUCAGAUUAAACUGGAAAUUUCCAACCGAGGCCGUAUUAUUACCGCAUUUGAUAUCGAGUACCAUGCGCGCUAUCUUGCAGCGUCCACAAGCGAUGGCUUCCUGCUAUUGUACGAUAUGGAAAUUACUAGGGAAACGGCAGCUCGUGCUCAAGAACGGCGGAGAAAAGAGGGAUUGGUUGAGCUAAGAGAGCACGCUCACUUACGGACGCGAUCUGGUUUGGAAGAUAUGGUAUUCUCUGGUAUCGAUCCAACUGCAGAUUCUAACGAAGUGGAGAUAAAUGCACCAGAACAAAGCCGUCCAGUUCCUUCAAAGCUGAUCGAUAGCUUGUUUGGAGCAAAAUACCCUAGACGCAGCGGUCGUUCUCCAAGGACUCGAGGUGAUACAGUAUUGGCAGGACCAACUGAAACAUCACGCUCGCGACCAGCAAGUGCCACACGAGCGCGUGUUCGGGCUACUGGAGGAUCAUUCAGUGUACCAAGCAAAAAAGUAAAGGACUAUGAGUCUCCAACGUUACGGGACAGAAUUCGGACUCGACGCAUGAGCCCACUAACGCGUCCUGUCGCCCAACUGACGCCUCAAGAAAUCGAGGUGAAUCGCAAGCGUCUCGUUGGCAGCUUGAAGGUCAAUGGCAUGUUCCCGAGGAAAUACCGUGUUCUCGUUUGGCGAUUUCUCCUUCGUCUACCCAAGAACGAAGAAGCUUUCCGAUCUUUGGUGGCGAAAGGCAAGCACCCGGUAUUCGUACGGUUAAAGGACCAGUAUCCACUACAAGAUGGCCGUCUCUUUCGUCGUCUCCACCGCAUUCUUUCGGCAAUUGUGUACUGGUGUCCAGCCUUCGGUGAAGUCAGUUAUCUGCCUGCUGUGGUGUAUCCAUUCGUCAAGAUUUUUCGGGAGAAUGAUCUGGCAGCUUUUGAAGCGAGUAUUAGUGUUCUACUCCAUUGGUGCGGUGACUUCCUCAUCAGUCUACCGUAUCCGCCGGUGUUUGCUAUGCGAGCAAUCGAAACCGAACUAGCUAGACGGGAUUCGCAGCUGCUUGAUCACUUUACUCGUUACCAAAUUACGUCCGAGGCGUUCGCUUGGAGUUUGCUCAAGACUAUUUUCACGGAAGUGCUCAGUGAAGACGAGUGGAUGUGUCUAUGGGACCAUCUCUUUGCAUUUUCGGACACUCCGCAACUGAUCUAUGUUGCUGUAUUGACGUAUCUAUCCUACUUUCGAUCAGCGCUCCUCGCUGCGUGCGAUAGAUUUUCGAUCGAACAGUUUUUCCACCAGCAGAACGCGAUUGACAUUCAAAAGUUUGUUCAACUCAUGAUGAACCUGCGCGAAAAGCUGGAUCUGAGCGAGUUUACGGCGAUUGAAGAUCCAGCAGCUACAGAUAACGCUGCUUCAAGCCAAGGACCAUAUUGGCCACUGCCGAGAGGACAGUACCCCGCGUUUGCGCACUAUCCACGAUUUGUUGUUGACUUCCAGAUCAGCGAACGCAAUCGAAUCGCAUUAGAGGAGGCAGAGCUGGCCCGUAAGCAAACGCUUUUUGAUCAGAUUGAACAAGAAUCGGCAAAGCUCAAGGCAGAACAUGAAAAGUGGAUGAAGGAGAGAAAAAUGGUCCUCAUGGCCGAAGAACGCCGGCGGAAAGAAGCUAUCGCUGUUGAAAAGGAGAGGAUACUUCACCUCAAAACGCUCGACUACGAGACUCGGAAGCGAAGACUCCAACAUCUCAGCAAUAUGGAGAGAUCUGCCACUGAAUCGCUGGAAGAGGCAUCUAAAAUGCUUCAAACGGAGUAUCAGCGGAUGGAAAGCGUGCUUGCGAUGCAGAAAGAGCGUAUGGAGUUCGAGAUUUCCUCUCGUAAGCAAGAAGAAGACUUGCAGCGAGUCGAAGUUGAGACACACGACCGCGUGCGAGGAAUCCACAAGCAGCGCGAAAUGGAAGAGAGAUUGUCACGUCUUCGCACCGAGUUCGAGACUCGAUUGAAACAGCAAGAGGUACAAUAUAUGCUGAAAUUUGAGAGCUGGAAGAGGGAGGACGAAGAGCAGACACGCAAAGCUAAGAGUAAUCUACAUCGACAAGAGGAACGCGCGCUUUAUAACCAAGAACAGCGCGUCCGCCAGGAACUUGAACAAAAACUUUUGGAGCAACAAUAUGCAAAGGACCAAGAGCUGCUGGAACUGGAAACAGCGCGUCGUGCUCGUCGGAAGGAGCAGCAAGAGCAUGACGAAGUGGGUGACGAGAUCAACAUCAACGCAGAUGAACACCUUUCUGGAAGCCCCAGACGAGCUAAGACUCGUGUACAUGAGGAAGAGGACAGGGAUUCUAUACACCACGCAACGAAUUUUACUUGCCACGAGGCAGUGAGCGUAGAUAAACGACGAGGACGCAACAUCGCUCACCGAUCUCUCGAUGAAAGCGCAGUAUCUGACAGGGAGGAGACCCCUAGGCGACCUACUAGUGGCAGGAUCCUGAGUGAGCGAGAUGAAUCCCCUCCACGCACUCCAGACUACACGUUUUCCCAAUUUGCUUCUCGUGCACCCAUACAAGGUCCACUUAGUAGUGAUAGCAGCAUGAGUUUUGCCAGUGCUUCAAUGCGUAGAACAAUGGCGGAAAUGAGUUUAUUGGAGAAAGCGUUGGGAAACGUUAGCAGCAGCAGGAGCAGUAGUGACAGCGAUGGUGAAAAUGUUGAGGAGCAUUCACGGGAAGAGACUGCGCGGGUUGCCGGAUCUACUCGUAGUGGUCGAUCAAGACAAAAUGAGGAAGGCUAUUGGAUGCAAGAAGAAGAGAGAAGCCACGAUAUGGAUACGGCGAGAUUCAGUACCCCACAAAAACCUUCGCGUCAAGUUGUCCGCGAGUCUGCGCAGGCUGAAAAUGAAGCCAUUCACUCACCCGAUUCCACACGAGAUUUCUUGCACGAACACGUGCAUGAUGAAGAGGCCUUCACACCCCCAAAAAAUUGCAUUUUCUCGCAACCACAAGCUGUAGGGGUGUCCACACCGAUGGACUUCCGGAAGUUCUCGAUGGAGAGCGACGAAGCAAAGUCCAUUUCACCCGCUACGCUCGAUUUCUUGCAAGUCCAUGAAGAAGGUUUGUUUACCCCUCGACCUGCUCGAAACCUCUUGAAAGUGCUGGAUGAAGAUGUAUCUACACCGCAAGCACCCCAAAACGACUCGGUGAAGAGCGAAGAUGUGUCCACGCCUCAAGCUGCUUUUCGAGAAUAUACACAGACCCAGGAACGUGUAUACACUCCAGUUAGGACUGGUGAGCCUCAUACUCCCACGAAUGAUCAGCAUGCUGAGGAAGCCGUUUCACCUCCCAUCGAGCAUGAAAAUCCCGAAAGCGACAGCAAGGAGCACGUGAAAUCGACUGUGGUCGGUGCACUGCAGCCGCUGAUAGCCGAACCGAAAGAGGACUCGGAUAGCGAUAGCGAGGAGUACGUGAGCUCCAAUGUGAUGGAUGCUCUGCAGCGACCGAUUGCCGAGCUCGAGAAGAAGUUGGGAAUUCGGUUCGACGACUUCAGUGAUGAGGAGAAGGAGGACGAGAGUAUUGACGAAUCGCUCAAUGUUAGAUACGAGAGCGACGAGGAGGAUGAAACCAUCGAGGACGACCGCGCCAAGUUGUUGCAACGCGCCAAGCGGCUACUGGAGCUCUCGAGCUUCGAUACGGACAGCGACGACGACUUGUAAUUCCGGAUUAAUCGUAACUUUUUCCAAUUGCAAUACAUGAUGUGGCGCUCAUCGCCUCAGCAGGCUGCUGGGCUAAGUUUCGAUUGACAUCAGCUGUCGACUAGCAAAUCAAAAGACCCAAAAACUUCAACUGCGAUCCAACGACAUCAGCAAACAACCCAUUUAAUGCAAAAAUGGGACCAUCACUCAUACUUCAAUGCUCUUAUUCUAAAACUAUGAAAGCAUGGAGAAGACUUUUUCGACCGUGUUAACAAUAACAGUAAAACCGACCUGUG